AAUCAGCAUUGAGUUCAUGGACUUGUAAAAAUGGCUUCGGUGAGCCACAGAGGAGCGAAAAGUAGACGCUUAGCCGUUAACAAACACCCAAAAGGCUGUUAGCGGCACCGAAAACGAAAGUUAAUCGAUCUAAUUCUAGGGUGUUGUUUUCUAUUUGCGGUUUUAUGGUGACGCCCUGGGUCUGGUUGUGUUUUCGGGUACUCUGUAGUUGCCUCGGACCGCUUAUUAGCUUCAAGUUGAAAAGCCAGUGCUAGCCCAGGGCUAGCCGCGUAGCUUCAUAGGCUGCUCGAUCGUCUCUGUGCGGCAUCUACCUACUGAUAAUCAAAGCGGCUUCCAAGCUGGUCUCAGUCCGAGUUAUUUUCCACAGAAACAGCCGCUCAUGUGUCACCUGGAUUAAAAACUACCCGAGGAGGAUCUGGCACUACCGGACUGUUCGGAGUGUCGAGAGCCAGGGAGUUCGCCGUCAUGUAUUUUCUAACCGGCUGGCCCCGGAGGCUGCUUUGUCCGCUGAGGAGUGCAGAAGAGCCCUUCUACAUCCAGCCCAGCUCCCAGAGGUUUUACUUCGCCCUGUUGUCAGAGACACAACUCAGCAUUUGGUUUAGUAGGCCCAGUGUUUUGAUAGUGAGCUACAUCGCGUCGGUAAAGGCGGCGGCCCAGUUUGGCUUCUACCAGAAAGCAGAAUGGAAACCAGACGACUCCAUGAUAGCCGUGGUGACUGCAAAAGGGUACAUCCUCCUGUUUGAUGUGUUGGGUGGAAGAGAUGAAAAGUCUCUAUAUGAGCCUGUCUAUCCAAAAGGAAGUCCUCGUGUCAAGGUGACCACCGGCUACAAGGAGGAGCAGUGCGCCCCCGCUCUAUCUUUGGAAAUGAAGAAGCCAGUGGAUCUGGAGGUGCCGAUCACCAGUUUGCAGUCCCUCCAGGAGGACUUACUGGUUUGCACCGCAGACGGAUAUCUCCAUGUCCUGCACUGGGACGGACUGGGCAGCAACGGACACAAGGCCAUUUGCCUCACUACCAUUCCCUUUUCAUUAGACCUGCAGUCCGCUCGAGGUGGUCCCUCUCUGGACCUGGAGGGGGUUUACAUCCGCUGUAUGGAGUACUGCGUGACUCUGGACGGCUUCGCUGUAGUUCUCAGCGAUGGGCGCCUGGGCUUCAUCACGCCUCUGAGUAGUUCCAUCACUGCAGAUCAGCUGCAGGGGGUCUGGGCAGCUGACGUAUUCGAUGGUACCUGUGUUGCUGUCAACAACAAAUACAGACUGAUGGCUUUUGGCUGCUCCAGCGGCUCAGUUCUGGUGUACAUGAUAGACACCACCACAGGAUCCAUGCAGCUCUCUCACAAACUGGAGCUCACACCAAAACACUAUCCAGACAUCUACAACAAGACCGGCUCCGUGAAGCUGAUCUGCUGGUCACCUGACUACAGCGUUGUCAUGGUAACCUGGGAGUGUGGCGGUCUCUCGCUGUGGAGUGUGUUUGGUGCUCAUCUCAUCUGCACUCUGGGAGAGGACUUUGCGUAUCAUUCUGAUGGUACGAAGAAGGACCCACUUAAAAUCAGCUCUAUGAGCUGGGGAGCAGAGGGCUACCACCUGUGGGUGCUCCCUUACAAACAGGAGAGGAGGAAACAGGAGGAGGAGCAGCAGGAUGUGGAGAUGAUCUCCCCUCCUCACCCUUCGCUGCAGGCCGGCAUAUUGCAGUUCCACUUCAUUAAGAGCGCCCUCACAGUCAACCCUUGCACGACCAACCAGGAGCAGGUGCUGCUGCACGGUGAAGACCGCCUCUACCUGACCUGUGGUGACCCCACGCAGAUCCACAGCACCUCCGACACACACUCGCACUCGCACCUGCACCCACGUGACGGUAGCCCGCUGCAUCGACCCCCCAACCCCGACUCCUCUCUCUCUCAGGGACUCAGCACUUUACUGGGACACAAGCACUGGCAGGUGGUCCAGAUCCACAGCACAUACCUUGAGAGCAACUGGCCUAUACGGUUUGCAGCCAUAGACUCAGUGGGCCAGUGCAUAGCUGUAGCGGGCAGGCGGGGCUUUGCACACUACUCCUUAUUCACCAGGAAGUGGAAGCUGUUUGGGAACGUCACUCAGGAGCAAAACAUGACCGUGACAGGAGGUCUGGCCUGGUGGAACAACUUUGUUGUAGUGGCGUGCUACAAUUUUACAGACCAACAAGAGCAGCUGAGGAUCUAUCAACGCUCAUCCAACCUGGAUAACGCCUUUGCAUCUGUCACCAAGCUGCAUUCUGACACUCUGUUGCUCAACGUCUUCAGAGACAUGGUCAUCCUGUUCAGAUCCGACUGCUCCAUCUGCCUCUACAGCUUAGAGAAGAGGAAUGAUGGUCCAAAUCCAUCUGUAAGUGUGGAGCUGCUGCAGGAGGUCUCCAUGUCUCGCUACAUCCCUCACCCGGCUCUCGUGGUCUCUGUCACGCUCACGUCUGUGCGCACAGAGACCGGCAUCACCCUGAAAGCCCCACAGCAGGCCUGCACCGCAGAGAGCAUCAUGUUGAAUCUGGCUGGCCAGUUGAUCAUGCUGCAGAGGGACCGCUCAGGACCGCAGGUACGGGAGAAAGAGACGCCCGUCGUCAACAAGAAGCUACUGCCAUUCUGUCCUCCGGUGGUUCUGGCCCAGUGUGUGGAGAACGUGUGGACCACCUGUCGCUCAAACAAGAAGAAGCGCCACCUGCUGGAGGCCCUGUGGUUGUCCUGUGGAGAAGCAGGAAUGAAAGUGUGGCUGCCGCUGUUUCCGCGGGACCACCGGAAGCCCCACUCGUUCCUCUCCAGACGCAUCAUGCUGCCCUUCCACAUCAACAUCUACCCUCUGGCUGUGCUGUUUGAGGACGCGCUGGUUCUGGGGGCAACCAAUGAGACCGUGCUCUACGACGGGCUGCAGGGAUCCACUGAACCACUGGAGGCGCUGUUUCCCUACUGCACCGUAGAGAGGACCUCCCAAAUCUAUCUCCAUCACAUCCUGAGGCAGCUGCUGGUUCGAAACCUGGGUGAACAGGCUUUGAUGCUUGCUCAGUCCUGUGCCUCCCUGCCCUACUUCCCUCACGUCUUGGAGCUGAUGGUUCAUGUGGUCCUGGAAGAAGAAGCAACAUCACGGGAGCCAAUUCCCGACCCUCUGCUCCCCACCGUGGCAAAGUUCAUCACUGAGUUCCCCCUUUUCCUCCAGACAAUUGUCCACUGCGCCAGGAAAACGGAGUACGCGCUGUGGAACUACCUGUUUGCGGCAGUGGGAAACCCCAAAGAUCUUUUUGAGGAGUGCCUCAUGGCUCAAGAUCUGGACACAGCAGCCUCUUAUUUGAUUAUUCUACAGAACAUGGAAGUUCCAGCUGUGAGCCGGCAGCACGCCACUCUCCUCUUUAACACCGCGCUGGAGCAGGGAAAGUGGGACCUUUGCCGACACAUGAUUAGAUUCCUCAAAGCUAUUGGCUCAGGGGAGAUGGAGUCCCCGCCCUCCACUCCAUCCACUCAGGAACCUAGCUCUACCGGAGGCUUUGAGUUCUUUAGGAAUCGCAGCAUCAGUUUGUCUCAGUCGGCAGAUGCCAUCACAACAGGGAAGUUCAACCUGCAGAAGACCUUCAGCAUGCCCACUGGAGCAUCUGCUAAAGGUCGGGAUGCGGAGUGCGCGGAGAACAUGUACAUCGAUAUGAUGCUUUGGCGCCAUGCCCGCCACCUCCUGGAGCAGGUGCGCCUUCGAGACCUGGGGUGCUUUUCUGCGCAGCUUGGCUUCGAGCUCAUCGGCUGGCUGUGCCGCGAGAGGAAUCGCGUAGCUCGAGUAGACGACUUUGUGUCAGCGUUGAAGAAACUUCACAAGGAUUUCCUCUGGCCCUUCCCCGUUAUUCCCGUGGGAAGUCUCAACUCGCCGCUGAAGAACGGACGCUGCCGCACAGUUCUGAGCGCCCAGCUGCUGAAGUCACAGUCUGCAGACAGCCUGCUAAACAGCGACAUGGACUCGGCGCCGCCUUCCACAACCCCCACCAACCACACCUGGAUGGACGGAAUUGGACAGAGGGACAAAGACAUGGACACAGCCUCGUCCGCUCACUCUGACCCACACUCGCCUCAGACACGAGACGCUUUCCUGUCUCUGCUCACUAAUAAAGUCGAGGAGUACAGCAUCGGCUCGGCCACUGAUCUGACAGAGACCAGCUCAGUGGUGGACGGCGACUGGACGAUGGUGGAGGAGAACUCCUCCGCGCUUUGCCUGAGUCAGGCCGAGCUGGAGCACAUCUCCAUGGAGCUGGCCAACAAAGGGCCGCACAAGUCCCAGGUGCAGCUCAGGUACCUCCUACACGUGUUCAUGGAGGCGGGCUGUUUGGAGUGGUGCGUUGUGAUCGGUUUGAUUCUGCGGGAUUCAAACGUCAUCAAACAGGUGAUUAGUUUCCUCGACAACCCUGAGGUUCCUCCAGAAACGGUGCAGAGUGUCCGAAACGGCUUGUUGGCUGUUGAUUCGUGGGUCUCUACUGACUGCAGCCUGGGAUACAAACCGUUUCUCAGCCUGAUCCAACCACAGCUGCAGCAGCUGAUAGAGGUGACAUCUGAGCAGGUGCAGCCUGAAUCAUUCCAGUCCGCCAGCCAGACCUCGAAGCUCAGCGCCCCCGAAGGUCCGGGAGGAGCUCCCACACCUCGAGCCGAAGACAACAGAGGGGUGGUAGCUCCUCUGGGCCUGGCCUUACCCUCACUAGAACCGACGGGAGGUUUUCCACGCCUCCCCUCAGAGGACUCCCCUCCCGAACAAACCGAGGAGCAGGGAGAGGAGGAGGGAACCUACGACUGCACCUUGUCCUGAACACUGGGGCCUUUUCUGGACUAACCUGUGAACUUUCGACUGAGGGAGAGAUGUGAGGAAGCAGCAGCAGCUGACUGGAAACAGACUGUGUGUGUGUGUGUGUGUGUGUGUGUGUGUGUGUGUGUGUGUGUGUGUGUGUGUGUGUGUGUGUGUGUGUGUGUGUGUGUGUGUGCGUGCUCAGGAAGUACCUUUCUCUGCAGUCAGUAUUAUCUAACCUUCAGAUUCGCCCUUUGUGAUGAGUAGAGCCCCCUGAACAAGCAUCUUCUCAGCAGGCUGCUGGGUUUCAGUCUGACAUUUCACCAAAACACGCUGUUAGAAAUAAAAGGGUCACCUGUCAGUUUUUACUCCUCCAGGUGUUUUGGAGGCUGCAGAGCAGCACAUCAAAGCACCAGUAUUUUUUUUUUGUUCUACAUCAGAGAAUCUGAUCAGCUACGCUACGACGCUAAAGUAGAAGAAACCAUUUACGCCGCACGCUGACGUGUGCCUGCACGAGAGCUGUUUCAUACUUUUCAUACCUCAUGAUUUUAAAAUGUUUUGAUAACUUUUUUCGAUGUAACAAAAAAUACGACUAUUUUUCUACCUGCUCUUGAAUUUUCCGUGAAGAAAACAUAUGAACUCUGUGUGAUUCACUAACGCUUAUAGGAUUAUUAUUAUUAUGAGGAAUUAUUUGUUGUUUGUGCCGUUUCUCGCCACUCACCUUUCGCUUUUUCACACCCGACCUUAGCUGAAGUCAAGCCAGAUUAAACAACUUGCUUCCUUUCCAAGUAUUUAGACGAUCAGUGUUUUUAAAAAAAAAUGCUGCAGAACCAAAUCAGCCGACUCUUUCAACUCGGUUAAACUCCAGAUUUCCUGUCGUCAGUGCAGCAGGUCGAUGUGUUAUUUAAGCCUUGCUUAUAUUUUGGACCUAUCAUCAGAAAAAGCUUCACUUGAGUCCCUCUAGGCAGUGUUAAGAUCAUGAUUUAGCCUUGUAGCCCUGUAUUCUUUAUGUAUUAACACGGUUGAUCACUUGGAGCGGAUUUUUAUCAUAUUAGUUGUUUAGUUCUUAUUUAUUGGCGUUAUAGCUGAGUGAUAAUUGCUGAAUUGAGGUUUUUUUUAAUAACUGAUAACCUUUACCACCUUACGCCACUGUGAGGUCAGCUCUCAUCUACAAGGUUUGUCAGAUGUGUCAGUAUUAUCUCGUGCAAUGAGUUGAAAAUGUUACUGGAGCUUUAUGUUUUUAUGUGCGCCCCUUUCCUUUUGUCUGUGUUGACCAAAAUGUUGCGUUUCUAUUGAAACACAGGAAGUUCUCUGUUUGUUUCGUAGACUUUUUCUUUUUUUUUUAAUCCUCUUUAUUCAGAAGGGCAACUGGCCGACACAUGCACACCUGUGUUGUUGUCCUGUUCCGGUAGACCCGCCUACAGCCACGCUCCGCUGUGAGCUUCACCUGACUUGAAAACGAAAACACGAUGAACCAAAGACUUUUAACAUCCAGAGGCCUUCUGUUAAAGCACGUUUAACUGAACGCUUGAGUCGUUACUCCGAGGGAACAAAAAUAUUAAAAAACAGUUCAAACCUAAUGAUUCCCGGCCCCAAACUAGGACUGACGGCAUGCAAGACAGUUUCCUACGGAAAUGAACAUUGCAGAUGCUUGAUGUUUUUUUUUCUCUCUGCGGGCUGAGUGGGAGGAGUCAGUCAGGUGUGUAAUGGACAGUGACACCCCCACCCUUCUGUGUACAGUUUAAAAGUAUCUCCUGUUUACUCAGAGAUGUUUAAUCUCUGGGAUGGCAGACAUACUGAAUGCAGUGUAAAGAUGCUGUCUUGUACAUUCGCUUUUUCUACUCAUUCAGUUUUCUACUUAAUUUUUUUUCCCUUCCUGUACAUAAAAGACCAAUAAAUUAUUUUUAAAAUGUU